GUGUUUCUUCCCACCUUUCCACGGUCGAAAACAAUAACACUGAUUUGGCGAACGUUCACGUUUGGAGUCUUUCCGUUUUUUCUCUCCUCGCACCGUCCGCAAAGAUUUCGUAUGGUUUCCACAGCCGUUGCUGCCGCUAUCGACAAUUCCCAGACAUUUGGGAUUACCAUCGAACGCACACAUACAGACACGGCGUGACUAACCCCUUACGACCGGGCGUCGAUCUUAUGGAAUUGAAACAUUUCUACUGACUUCGCGCAAACGGACAUAUAGUAUCUAGUAAUUGAUUGAAUAAUAUUAAUACAAGUAAUAGUUAUUAGGUGUUUAUUAAACCUAUAUACAAUAUACGAGAGCACUAUGGCAGAUCCGGUAGAAUCAAAAAGCAUUGCAGACGACGUGAUCGGGACACCUGGUGAUAAGAGAAAGAUGUCAUCAGACAUGAGCCCAGAACAGACCAACGUCAUAAAAAAACUAAAAGAGAUCAAAACUCAACCGGACACACUGUGCCAGUGCCCCCAGAAAUGUUCAGAACGUGUACCACAGCGAUCCAAGGAUGAGCUGUUUAAAAUUUUUAUAGAAAUGGAUAGCGAAGAUGUUCAAAAUAAAUUUUUACAGAAGUUUAUUGAAGCUCGACCUGUUGCCAAUCGGUUGUUCAGUAAAGAGACCACAGCUAAUGGUAAACUAUUAAGAAGGAUUCAUUGCAAGUACAGAAUACCUUCUUUCGUAUCGGAGGAUUUUAUGUCAAACAUAAAUUGUGAUUCUGACAAAGAUGAAGAAUCAGACUUUGAUGAAACAUCUUCAGUGGCGUCUUUGGAUUCCAAAGAAGAGAAUGACAAGUCAUUAGAAAGUGAUUCAACCGAGACAUCCAGAAAGUCAUUAAGUCGUUAUAACUGUGUUGAUGUUUGUCAAAAAGCAUUUCUUAAUCUGUUUGGUUUAUCAGAUAAACGUUUAAAAACUGUUAGAGAGUUAUUGAUAAUUAAAGCACGUCAAAAGCACAUGAAACGUAUGAUGGAAAAGGAGGAAAAUCAAAUAGAAGUAUCCUUAGCUAAGGAUCUUGCACAGGGUUGUUUGCCAUUGAUGGCACUUUUUAACAAAGAAGAUAGUAAGAAAGUAUCUGAUCAGUUGAUGACUGCUAUUAGCAAUGACAUAAAUUUAGUAAAUAACUUUUUUUGCAAUCAGCUAUGGAAACCAGAGUACAUUAACCAAAAGCCAUCUGAAUGAGUAUAAAUUACUUUUAAUAAAAUAUAUCUUGAUGAUUUUUAAAUGUAAUUGAUUGGAUUAGUAUCUUGUUAAAAUCAAUAGUCUGGUACUACUUUAUUACAAAUCCAAUUCAAUAUUGUUCUGAAUUCAGGGGAUUAUACUUAAUGUAAAUUUUUAUAAUAUUGUACUAGUUUAAUAAAUGUCAGUUGACUAGGGUUGUUAAUAUAUCUAUAUUUUCUAACUAUUCUAUGUUUUUAAAUACUUAUUUUGAUGUUAUACCUAAUAAAAUAAGUAAUGUUGUAUUGUCUGACAAUAUAUUUUUUUAAAGUUAAACAAUUAUAUAUUAUUAAAAUCUAUGUACAAGAACAAAUAAACAAAAAUACAAAAUUUUAAGUUUUAAGUUUAUUAUUAUUAUUAUACAUAUUUUUAUAGUAUAAAAAACAUAAAAUUAGGAUUGGCUCUUGGUUUAUAUUAUUAUUAUUAUUAUAAUGUUUAAUGUUAACAAAAAAUAAACCUUAUUAAAUAGUACAAAGCUAAGUAAAUAGGCGACACAACUAUAGAGCAUUACAUUAAGUUUUUGUUUAACUUAAUAUUUUAUUAAGGUGUCUAAAUUAUGUUAUACAUUGAAUUGCAGAUAAUAUGUUAUAAAUUUAAAUGAAUAAAGAAUGGUAAAUUUAUUCUGUACCUACAUCUAGAAAUUAAGAAUUUAGUAUUCCUUUUUAUUAGAUUUUAAGAUUAGAAGCCUCCAUUACUAAUGUACGAAUUCAUUUUGUCCGAAUAACAUUAUAUUAUUGUCAGUAUUUAUUUUUUUUUUUUUUAUUAUUAUUUUUUUUUUUUUGUAUACAUCUAAUUAUGCAUUGUAUGGAUCCAUUUUUGUUGUUGUUUUUUUAUAUUGGUACUUUAAUUAUUCUAAGGAAGAUGAUACCAAAUCCACAUUAAUUAUGGUGGUCUUAAUUAUACCAAACACCCAACAACUAUUCAUUGUAAAAUGGGUUACAUCGUUUUAUAUAUUAUAUACAUUUUUACUUUUUAACUAUAUUUUUACAAAAACUACUAUUAUUUUUACAUGUAAACUAUAAUUCAAGAUCCAAAUUAGAUUAUAAGAUGUAUUAAUUACUUGUGACGAAUUUAUAAUAGUAACUAGUAAUAUAUUGAAACUAUAUUUUAUAAAAUAUUUUCAAAACCAAUGCUACUUUAAAUGUAUAGUUUUAUAAAUUUAAAUUUGUUUAAAACAUAUUUUUCAAAGAUAUAUUUUUUCACAAGUAUUAAUAUAAUUAAAUGGAAUACCUACCAAUAUUUUAUAAGACCCCAAACCAAAUAAAUGAACAAUAUUAAU